CCUUGUGGUGGCGGAGGCGCGGCCUUGCCGGGGGCAGGGGCUGGCGGGCUGACUGCCGCCGCGCUCACGCCGGCUCGUAGUCCUCCCGGCGCUCUGGGGCGGGCUGCUCGUCUGCCCCGGGCUCGGGCCGGGCCGCAGCCCCCGGGAGCGCUUUCGGAGCCUCGGCGCCGGCCGGGCGGACGCCGCUGCCCUCAUGGCGGCCAUCACAGCGCUGCAGCAGUGGUGCCGGCAGCAGUGCGAGGGCUACCGGGACGUGAGCAUCACCAACAUGACCACGUCGUUCCGCGACGGCCUGGCCUUCUGCGCCAUCCUGCACCGCCACCGGCCCGACCUCAUAAACUUCGAUGCCCUCAGGAAGGAAAACAUUUACGAGAACAACAAACUGGCCUUCCGUGUGGCUGAGGAGCAGCUGGGCAUCCCGGCCUUGCUGGACGCCGAGGACAUGGUGGCCCUGAAGGUGCCCGACCGGCUGAGCAUCCUGACCUACGUGUCCCAGUACUACAACUACUUCCACGGGCGCUCCCCCAUUGGGGGCAUGGCCGGCGUGAAGAGGCCCCUGUCGGACACCAGUGAGGAACCGUCUGGAAAGAAGGCCCCGUCCCAACCUGCCAGGCCUUCGCCCACCCCAGCCCGGGGGCAGCCGCUGUCUCCGGUCAGCACAAACCCCACCGUCCAGCGGAAGGCUGGCCAGGCUGCGGUUGGCUCUGUCAGCAGCACCUGUGGCGUCUGCGGGAAGCACGUGCACCUUGUACAGCGGCACUUGGCAGAUGGGAGGCUGUACCACCGGAGCUGCUUCAGGUGGGCCCGUGUGCGUGCUGAUGGGACGAGCAGCCCUGAUGGCCCCGGGGGAGCCUGGGAGAAGAGGUGUGCGUUGAGUGAGCUGCCACCCGCACGAGGGCACCCGGGAUCCACGUGUGCCUGCCCUGGGGAGGCGGGAGGGAACACGCCUGUGGCUGGAGCCCCCUCCGGUUUCCCCGCCUACCCCAGGUGUAAGCAGGGCUCCUACACGCUGCACUCGGGGGCCCACAAGGCCACAGCAGAGCCCGGCGUCUUCGUCUGCUCUGACCACCACCCUGGAACCGCCUCUGCUGGCCCCACGUUGCCGGGCUCGGCCCCCAGGCGGCCUGGAGCCCUGUCCAUGGACUCCAAGACCCCUGGCUCCCCGAAGAAGGCCCAGGAGGCGAGCGGGCAGAGAGACGCAGGGCCAAAGGCCAGGCCGCCCGCGUGGGAGCCCGCGGUGGGCAGCCCGACUGCCAAAGUUUACCCUCCGGCUGCAGCUGACCCUCCGGCCACCGCCUGCUCCCACGUCCACGCGGGGAGCCCAGCCGGGGCCAGGCUCUCGGUGGGCCCCGUGGGUGGCAAGGCCAGCACUCGCGUGACCAACAGCUCUCCGACGGGGUGGUCGUCGCCGGCAGGCAGCCCUCGUUCCGCCGUGACCCCGAGUGCCCGGGACUCUCACCCGGCCACACCACAAGGCCGGGUAACCCCCCGAGGGGCAGCCCCUCAGACCAAGCUCAGCUCAGGGCCAGCGUCUCCGGUCCCAGCGAGCGCCCCGGCCUGGACCCCAUCGUCCUCCAGGACGCAGCAGGCCCGGGAGAGGUUCUUCCAGACGCCUGGAGCUGCCCCCUGCGCUGGCCCGGCUGGCGGGGCCCCAGCUGCGGCGGACGCUCCUUCCAGGGACGGCAGCAGGGAACAGGUGCUGAGCCUCCUCCGCAAGGCCCUCCACGAGCUGGGGGCAGCUGGCACUCAGGCGCCCGGCAGGCCCUCCCUCGCCACCGGCCCUGCGCCCAACUCCCAUCCCAGGUCCGAAGGGCCAGGAGCAAGUCCAGCAGCCACGCGUCCACAGUCGGCGUCUCCGCAGGCCCUUAGCGCCGCUGCGAGGACCGUGCCGCCGGCCCCCCGGAGUGCAGGCAGCAUCUCGCUGGUGUCCGCGCCGCCCCAGGCGGGCAGGAAAGCCUCGGCUGCACCCUCAGGGGCCGUCGGGGCGGGUGCUGGCUCCAGGCUGAAGCCGGAGGCCCCGCGGGCCGAGGGCCCGAGUGCCAGCCCCCAGGAGGGCCAGGAGGACGGGCCGGCAGGAUGGAGGGCCCGCCUGAAGCCCGUGGAGAAGAAAAGCCCCGCUGAGAGGGCUCUGGAGCUGAAGGAGCCUCAGGUCCUGGGAGAGCCGAGGGCGGGUCAUGCACCCCAGAAGGUCUCUGGGAGCUCCGAGGGGGGUGUCCGCAUCACCCUGACCCCUGUGCGAGCGGACAGGACACCAGGCCCGGCCGGGUCCAGCCUCCUAGCUGCAUCCCCCUCCCCCUUCCAGUCCCCAUCCCGCCGCAGGAAGCUGGCGGUCCCUGCCAGCCUAGACGUUUCUGGCAGCUGGCUUCAGCCGGAGCCCUCGGGGAAGGAAGCCCCUGCCUGGAGCCGGAAGAAGGAGGAGAAAGCCCCUCCCCAGGGUGAACCAGGGAGGCCCUCGGGCCCGGCCGGCAUCCCUGUUCCGCCUGGCGAGUCAGUGCCCUCCCCGGUCAGGCUGCACCCUGACUACGUGCCCCAGGAGGAGAUCCAGCGGCAGGUGCAGGACAUCGAGAGGCAGCUGGAUGCCCUGGAGCUCCGGGGUGUGGAGCUGGAGAAGCGCCUGCGUGCGGCCAAGGAGGGCGCCUCUGAGGACGCCCUCAUGGUGGCCUGGCUCCGGCUCGUCCACGAGAAGCAGCUCCUGCUGAGGCUGGAGUCUGAGCUGACGCACAGGGCCAGGGACCAGCGCCUGGAGGAGCAGCAGCUGGACAUCGAGGGGGAGCUGCGCCGGCUGAUGGCCAAGCCGGAGGCUCUGAAGUCCCCCCAGGACCGGCAGCGGGAGCAGGACCUGCUGAACCAGUACGUGAACACCGUCAAUGACCGCAGUGACAUCAUCGACCUCUUGGAUGAGGACCGGCUCAGGGAGCAGCAGGAGGACGAGAUCCUGCAGAACAUGAUCCGGAAGAUGGACCUGCAGAGGAGUGGUGGGGAGCAGAGGAAGAAGCCCAGGUUCCGCUUGUCCAGCAUCUGGUCCCCGAAGAGCAGAAGCAGGACCCCCGAGUAGCUGCCUGGUGGGGCUCCAGGACCCUCACGCGGGUGGGGUAGGAACGUGGGUGGUGGGACCUGCACCGCCCUCUCUGUGGGGUCUGAGCAGCCUCAAUAAAGAAACUGACCAUGUG